UGAGCGCGAAGCAACAACAGCUGAUUGUGAAAAGCUGAGCGGAAAGAAAUAUUCGCGAAUUUGUUAUUUAAAAAAGAAAACGCGCAACAAUGUUGGGCUUACGUCGCUUGGCCAAAACGUGUUUAUCCUCGAAUAAGCGCCAAAUUUCCGCACUUUAUAUAACCGGCGAUAAAGCCAACGAGAACUAUGUGACGCUGCAGCCGUAUUUAGACUUUGCCGGCACAUUCCGCGAUCGCCCCGCUUUGGAGCAAAGCAUCGCCAGCCGUGGACUGGGUAUUGAACUGGAAAAGGUGCUUGCCAAGUUCGCCAAGUAUCAGACACAUCACGAGCAGCUGCAGCGACUUGACGAGGAACGUGAAGCAAUAUCGAAAGAGCUGAAAACACUUUCAAAAUCAGGGGCAGCCGCUGAGCAACUGGAAACGUUGAGGGAACGUGGCAAAGCGUUGCGCAACGAUGUUAAAGCGCUCAAGCAGCAACUGUAUCCCAUUGAGGAUGAUUUUAUCCAUGACUUUUUGCAUCUGCCCAAUGCACUGCAUCCACAUUGUCCAGCUGCCAAGCAGCAGAAACUCAUCUAUAGACAUGGUUUGCCAACGAGCAAACCACACUUUAUUUCCCACUUGGAACACAAGGAUCUGGUGCACUUCAUCGACAACCAGCGGUACUAUCUGAUGGAGCAGGCGGCACACUUCGAUGUCAAUGCCAUGCAGGCGUUGGCUUCCUAUUUGGUGUCCAAGGGAGACUUUGUGCAGACCUCAAAUCCGGACUUUGUGCGCUGUGUGCUGCUGGAGGCGAAUGCCACGCCCAUUGGGGAUUACCAUCAAGUCAAAGAGGAGCACUUGCAAAACAAACUUAAUGUGGCGUAUCUAACAGGCGGAGGUGCCUUUGAGAGCUUCCUGGGCGCCAUGACUAAACUCUGUAUUUAUCCUUCGGUUCUUCCGCUACGCUACGUCGCCUGUGGGCGCAGCUACAACCGGGAGGAGGGAUUGAUUUAUGGUCCCGACAGCAGUCUUUAUACAGCCACACAGACCAAUGCUGUACAGAGCUUUGUGGCCACACUGACAGCAGAGGAAGCGGACGCCCAAAUGGAACAGCUGCUCAAUCUGGCCAUUAACUUUUACAAAGCUCUCGAUGUGCCCUUCCAGCUGGUUUACGCUCCAGCUGAUAGCUUGACACCCGCGGAGAGUUUGCGUGCCAGUCUCGAGGUUUAUGCUCCGUCCCUCAAGCGUUAUGUGUGCGUUGGACGCAUCAGCAACUACGGCGACUUUGUCUCGAAGCGCAUUCUCUUCAGCUCACGGCGGGAAAAGCACUACGACUUUCUGCAUCUCAUUGGAGGACCUGUGUUGUAUACCACCAGAUUGCUAGCUGCCCUCAUCGAACUGGGAAUAGACCUUGAUAAAUGCAAACUGCUGGGUAGACCCAAUCCUCAGCCCAUGACACAGCUGGAACAGGAUCUGCAGGAAUUCAAAGAUCUUUUUUAA